AAGGAGCUGUCUCCUCCUUAAUCUUACUCCUUGGUGAAGUACCAGAAAGAACUACAUUUCCCAGAACACCAAGGUCAAGAUGGCCACCAAUUGGCUGAUUCAAGGCAGCUGUUAAGGAAUGGUGGUGCUGUCUCAUUUCAUGCAAGCAAGCAGAGCGGCAAGACGCAAAAAUCUACAAGAUCCAUCUUUAAAAGACUUCCAACACACCAAUGGUUAACAACCUGAUUGAAUGAAGAUCAACAGAAAAGAAACCAACAAAGCCAAAAAGUUGGAUAAAUAAAGUUGAUCAAUUGGAAAUCCGAGUUGUCCUGGUGUCCUUUACGGAGUCAAUAAGUGGAACUUGACAGUUGUUAACCACGGACCAGCCCUGGACAGUGAAGAUCAAAGGCCUCGAGACCCAGGGGAGCUGUGGACGCCGGAGAAAACGGGAUAAAGAUGGCCGAAGAGGUAUUGGGGAAGACUGCCGUGAUCCUCAAGCAGGAGAGGACGACAGCCAAGAGGAACCUGACCAGAGUGGCCAACCUGAUCUCCAGAGGAGCAGGCACCAUGCUGCAAUCCGAACUAAAAGAGGAGUUUGCCAAGUUUGCCGACCGUUUCACAUCACUGCUGGAUGCCAACGAGGACUUCAAGAUUGGCCUGGAGGCUGACGUCAAGAAGGAUGACCCAGAUGGGGAGCUCGAGAAACAGCAGGAGGAUGACAUCCGAGCAACUAUAAAAGAUGCCGAAGAUAAGAUGGCAGAAAUCAAGGACAUUGUCCAGACCAACCUGUGGGGAAGAUACGGGAAGACUGAGCUGAAGGCAGCGAUUUCCGAGGCAGAGGACGCCAUUCAAAGGGCUGAAAAUGUAGCAGUUGAAAGCAACAACGUGGAAGGCUAUGACGUUUACCUCACCCUGCUGAAUGAGACGGUGAGUGUUACCAUCCAUACCAUGGCCCAUUGGGAGAAAUGGAUCCCUCAGCACUUAAAGGACGAGAUGGAUGACAAACUAACACAAGUGAAAGCAGCUCACUACAGGCUCAAGUUGAGGAAAGCUGAAUUCGCCACAUCCAGGAGGCUGGCUGAUCAAGGUGCAGGAGGACGACCUGGCCAACCAACACAUCCCAUUGUGAGGAUAAAGCCUACAUCCCUACCAGUCUUCCAUGGGAGCAAAAUAGACUUUCACAGGUGGAAGAAGGAUUGGGAGAGCCUCCAGAAACAAGGGGAGCCGACUGGAUCACCAGAGGUAAAGAAGAUCCAGCUGUUGGAGAGCGUCAGUGAUUCCAUUGCCAAGGAACUAAGACUGUCCACCUACACCACAGCAACAGAUAUCUUCAGGGUCCUCGAAAACAGGUACGGCAACAAAUCAACGAUCACAGUCGAAAUCUUGGAAGCGCUGGACAAGAUGGCACAAGUCAAGGGGAACCAGCCCAGGAAGGUCAUUGACCUAAUACAAGCUGUGGAGAAGGCCCUGGCUGACCUGACGGAGCUAGGAAACUCUGGAGCCAUCAGAAACCCCCUCGUCAUCAGGUCGAUUGAAAGCAAGUUACCAGAUUUCAUAAAAAGAGACUGGCUGAUGUAUAUGGUUGAGCCCACCAACCGUGUAACCCCAGACAACCAUUUUGAUAUGCUCCUAAAGUUCCUAAAGAGCCAGGAGGAAAUACUGGAACGACUCGAGCAACUAAAGCUGGUGGACAAAGCGGAAGAAGCAGACAGGAAGAAGCCAGAAAGAAAGUUUGCAUCUACCAGGGCUACGAGUAAAGAUGGUGACGAGGUCUGUGGCAUUUGUGGUGGUGGUGGGCACACCAACAAGAUCUACUUUUGCAAGAAGUUUAAAGGCUUGAAGCUACAUGAGAAGAAAAUGGCCCUGAAGAAGCUGGGAGCGUGCAGGAAGUGUCUUGGGUAUCACGACGCAGGUGGCUACUGCAGAGACACCUUCCUAUGCGGAAACCAAGACUGCAAAAGGGCAAGCGGCACACCUGACCACCACUACUUCCUAUGCCCAACAGCAGAGGCCAGAAGAGAAGGAAGCAAAGGUGCAAAAGGAGGAAAAGAAGGAAAAGGUAAAUUCACUGAGGAACAGGAGGCCUUCUUGUCACAACUUGCCCCAGAACUGGCAGAGAAGGGCAGAAAGGCAUUCUCAAACCGAGCCUCAAUGACUCUCAAAUCAGCGGGCCAGUCUGAACUGCUGAAGGAAACUGGGCUGGCUGAGUUACCAGUGAUGAUGAUGUUGAUGAUGGUCACAGCUAACGCAGGUCAGAAGAUUGGCACACUUAUAGACCUGGCAUCCGACACAAAUUACAUCACUCACAAAGCUGCCGAAAGACUUGGCCUGAGAAGUGAAGACAUAGCGCUGGUCGUACAUGGAGUUGGAGGCAUGACAAUGAAAGUCAGGACGAAAAGGUACCUCCUGAAGGUCCGAGUCAAGACUCCCAAGGGGACUGAGCGAGCACAUCAACUGGUCUGCUAUGGCCUGGAGCAAAUUGCAAAGGUCCAUCAAGCAACUGAACCCGAAAAGUUGAAAAGCUUCUUCCCAGAUGUCCAGCUUGAGGAGUUAGAAAGACCAGAGGAAGUCGAGCUCCUCAUAAGCCAUCGCGAGGGACGACUCGCACCCCAAAGACUAAAAGUCAUCGGUGACCUUGUCCUAUGGGAGAGCCCCCUGGGCAAAACAGUCGGUGGAGCACACCCUGACUUGCUCGAAGAAGUGGAGGUGGCAGCAUAUGAGUCAAGAACCCACUUUGCCCGCUCCAUGAGAACCGCUGCUGUCCGAUACCAAGAGAUCACAGUCCCAGCGUCUGAGCCAGGCCGGCUACAGCAGGACGAUGUGGCCCACGCAACUACAUCUGCCAGUAACCGUGAAUUUCUUGAUUGGUGGCACUGGGACAGCAUCGGAGCUGCAUGUGAGCCGAAAUGUGGAAGCUGCCGGUGUGGAAACUGUCCUCCAGGAGGAAAGGACAUGACCCUGGCGGAGGAGAGGGAGUUUGAGAUCAUUAAAGGAGGACUCACCUACAAGAUGGAGGACUCUCACUCCUCAACUCCACACUGGGAUGCCAAAUAUCCCUGGACUGAAAAUCCAGCCUCUCUCCCCAACAACAAAAGAGCAGUCCAAGCUUGCUUCUUGAGAAUGGAAAAGCAACUGAGCAAAGACCCAGACUGGAAAGUUGCAUAUUCCACCCAGAUCCAUGAAAUGGUCCAAAGAGGCGCAGCCAUAAAACUCACCAAUGAAGUCAUGGAGAAGUGGAAAGGACCAGUUUGGUAUGUCAGCCACUUGGUGGCGCCAAAUCCCCAUUCAGUGACUACACCAGUUCGUAUUGUCUGGAACAGCAGCCAAAAAUACAACGGAGUGAGCAUGAAUGAUCUUCUCCUAAAAGGACCAGAUGUUCUCAACCCCAUCAGAGCUGUCCUGCUCCGAUUCAGAGAAGGAGUGAACGCAGCUCUGGGCGAUAUCAGAAAGAUGUAUAACUCUGUCUGGUUGGAAGAGCGAGAGAUGCAUCUGCACAGGUUCCUGUGGAGAGACAGCCCAGAAGAGGAAAUCAGUGAGUAUGCCGUCACCAGAGUCAAUAUGGGCGACAAACCUGCUGGCUGCAUUGCUCAAUUGGCCAUGAGGGAAACUGCAAGUCUGCCCAACUUCACUCACCUGCAGGAUGAACGCAGAGUCAUUGAAGAAGACAGCUACGUGGAUGACCUGUUGACCUCCCACAAUGACCUGAACAGACUUGACCAAAUCACAGCUGGAGUUGAAGAGGUCCUAAAGGCUGGAGGCUUCUUCCUCAAACCAUGGGUCAGGUCAGGGCAAAGUGGGAGGAAAGAAACUGAAGCGGAUGUCCUAAAGCCAGAGCAAGGAAACACCUUGAUUCUUCCAAACCAAAUAAGAGAAGGAGAGAACAAAGCCCUGGGCAUCGGCUAUCAGGUGGACAAAGACAAACUGUACAUGCUGACGGCGGUUAACUUUUCCAAUAGGAAGAAAAAGAUGAGAGUUGGCAAAGAUCUUCUUGAAGAGGAGGUGAGAGCUGAAACGCCUAACCCACUGACGAGGAGAGCUCUCCUAAGCCAAGUUGCUGCACUGUACGACCCAAUCGGCCUAGUUGCACCGGUCAAGCAGAAGGGAGCAAUUCUCGUCCGUAAAGCAUUCCAAGAAGGAGGGGGUGGCAAGCUGACCCAAGAAACCUGGGAUCAACCUCUUUCAGAAAGACUCAGGGAAGAAGCCAUACAGCUCUUCGAGGAAUAUGCCCAGCUUGGACAGGUGAAAUUCCACAGGAGCCUCACACCGCCCGACUGGAAAGGGAAACCCUACGGCAUCACAUUUUCUGACGGAAGUGACAAAACCUAUGGUGCUGUGAUGUACGUCAGAUGGGAGACAAGUCACGGAACUGAAGUUCGAUUCGUGGAAGCAAAGGCCAAACUGACACCCCUGGACCAAAAGGGAGAUGCUGUAAAAGCAGAAAUCUGUGGCGCAGUCUUUGCUGCCAGAAUUCGGAAGUACGUGGAGAAACAUGCCCGUAUGAAGAUUGAGAAAUGGUUCCACCUACUGGACAGUCAAACAGUCCUCGGGGCCAUCCAACGAGAAUCAUACGGAUACCAAACCUUCUUCGCCAACAGAGUGGGCGAAAUCCAGAUGUCCGGGCCAGUGCAAGACUGGUGGUGGACCAGAGGAGAUCUGAACAUUGCUGACUUAAUAACAAGAGGAGGCAAUCCCAAAGACUUAAAUGAGGAAUCCACAUGGCAAAACGGACCAGAGUUCCUGAAGUGGCCAGUGGAGGAGUGGCCUAUUCAGUCAGCUGGAGAAGUUGCAGCCCAGGCCAGGGAGAGUGUAAACAAGCUUCAAAGAAAGGCAUUCUCUGCUGCACUGACCAGAGCUCAAGCUAAGAUGAGUCGGCAAAAAGAAGACCCACUGGUCACUCCGGAAAAGGAAAGUCCCUGUGAAGAAUCGAAACCUAUUAUGCCAAGAAGAAAACCCACUAGCUGGGUGAAACAUCUUGUGGUUGUAAAAAGGUUCAGUAGCCUGACAAAACUGAUCAGAGUUGUUGCCUGGACACGACGAGCUGCCGAGCAGUGGCUGAAGAGGAGGUCGAACCCAGGACAACCAAAGUGGGAGGCAACACCCAAGCAGGCUGGAUUGGCUGGCACUGAACUAGAAGGUGCACGUGAAGACGUCUUCCUCGCAGCUCAAGAAGGUGUAACAUUCCCAGUCACUACUCUGAGCAGAUUGGCAGUAUUCAAAGAUGUGAAAACUGGACUCCUCGUUUGUGCAGGGAGGAUCCAGAUAUUUAACGAAGAUGAGACAGCCGUGCCAGUCUUGCCAUUUGAAGCAUGGGUGUCAACAUUGCUGGCACAAGAAUCCCAUGACGCUAACCACGAGGGGGUAGCAGGAACCCUUCUACGGAUGAGGAAGACAGCGUGGAUAAUAAAGGGCCGGAGAAUUGCCAAGAAAGUAGUUGACAGCUGCAUAGUUUGCAGAAAGAACAGAGCAAAGAAGUGUCAACAAAUCAUGGCAGACUUACCUCCAGAGCGAACCACCCCAGCUGCUCCUUUUGAAUUCACAACCAUGGACCUAUUCGGCCCUUAUGAAGUGAAGGAUGAAGUCAAGAAAAGAACCAGACUGAAAGUGUGGGGAAUCGUCUUCAGUUGCAUGGCCUCCCGUGCCAUACACACUGAACUAGUGAGUGACCAGUCAUCCCAAGGCUUCCUCCUCGCCUAUCAGAGGUUCACGUCACUCAGAGGACAUCCCAGGAAGCUCUGGUCAGACCCCGGCACAAAUUUUGUGGGCGCCAAACCUGCUCUGGAACAGCUGUACACAUUCCUUGACCGACUGGACAAGUCUCAAGUCGAAGACAUGGCUGCCAACCAUGGAACAGAAUGGUCCUGGAAGAUCCACCCUGCGGAUUCUCCCCACAGAAAUGGUGCUGCAGAAGCGGCUGUCAGAGUGGUCAAACGGGCCCUGACCAAUGUCGGCGGAGAUGGUGUCUUCACCUGGGGUGAAUUUCAAACCUUCCUCUACAUGGCUGCCAACCUUGCAAAUGAGCGACCAAUCGAUGCAAGAACUCAAAGCAGGGAAGACUGUGUGGAAUACAUCACCCCAAACUCUCUGCUCCUAGGGCGUGCCAACCCUAAGGGAGAUCCUGGAGACUUCCAGUUUGAUCGCUAUCCUUAUAAAAGACUGCAAGUAAUUCAAGCUGAAGUCACCAAAUUCUGGAAGAAAUGGAGCCAACUAGCUGGACCCAACCUCUUCAUAAGAAACAAAUGGCACACCAAAGAGCGAAAUGUUUCUGUCGGAGAUGUGGUCUGGUUGGCUGACCAAAAUGCCCUGAGAGGACAGUACAAGCUGGCCAGAGUAGUCAGAGCCAAUACGGACAGCAAAGGCAUCGUAAGAGACGUGCUUGUGAGGACCUUUCCCAGCUAUCCUGUCCCCAUCAAGAAGACAAGCGACAAAGAAAAACCGACCACGAAAACCAAGAGGCUCAGACAUCAAAUCCCAGCAACAAUCCUGCAUAGGGAUGUCAGACGCCUCAUCAUUCUAAUUCCCAUUGAAGAACAAGGGAAAGAAGGACCUGUGUGACCCCAUUGGGUUUUGAAAACCAUGAGGGCCAAGUGGGAGGUGUGGAGUUGAAACUCAGUGUGAAUGAAGUGUCCCUGCCCUGGAAGUAAGGAGCUGUCUCCUCCUUAAUCUUACUCCUUGGUGAAGUACCAGAAAGAACUACAUUUCCCAGAACACCAAGGUCAAGAUGGCCACCAAUUGGCUGAUUCAAGGCAGCUGUUAAGGAAUGGUGGUGCUGUCUCAUUUCAUGCAAGCAAGCAGAGCGGCAAGACGCAAAAAUCUACAAGAUCCAUCUUUAAAAGACUUCCAACACACCAAUGGUCGGUGAAUAUACCCACUUUGCAAUAUGCUGAAAUGCUUAUUUGUUAAAACUCACCUUGACAUGUUGGUUUACUUACCUGUCUUAAAUUGUUUUUAGUUUGAACCACAGCAAAUUUACUCCAACCUUGAGCAUUGAUUGCAUCUGGGUAUUUUCUUACUGUUUGAUAAUUAAAAAGCUUGAGUUAAUUGAAUUGUUAAAUAAGCUCAAUUUAAAGGGAUAAAAAGUCAAAGAUUAUGGUUCAAAGUUAAAAGUAAUAAAGAUAAAAGCAAAGUUGAAGGAUAAAAAUGUUAAAACUUUUGCUUAAAGUUAAGCUAAUUAUACUUACCUUUAUACUUACCUUACUAAUUAAGCUACCUUAUUAAUUAAGCCAAUUAUACUUACCUUUUACUUACCUUUACUCCGUUUGGUGGAUUUACUCAGUUCCAUCAUG